CAACAGGUGGAAAACCUGGAAGAAUUGCCUUGUCUUGUUUUAAACUGGUUUAGAUCUAAAUUUGAAUGAACAAAGACAGCGUGGGGUUCCUCAGGGAUCCAUUAUUGGGACACAUUUGUUUAGGGUCUGAUUCCCCCACAUCAGAAUAUAUUAUGGCAUUUCCUACCUGUGAUGGUCACACACAGCGAUGCGUUUGUUUGUCACUACAUGACCGCAGUUAAUUACUCUCCCUAAGUCUUAGUGAAUGAGUCAGAAUUUCCUGACACCUGAGGCAGAAAAUACAGAAGUCACCUAUAGACUAAAUGCCCUGAACGUGAGAUGUGCAGACACUUAGGGCUCGUUUAAAUCAUGAUUUUUGUUUAUUGUAGCUUACCUUCCAUGCCUUACCAUUUGCAGCCUCCCGUUCCUCUCCCAAGGAAGAUACACCUUCACACACGAUCUGUUGAUGAGGACUGGCUGAGAUGUGAACCCGCUCCUCCUCAGUCUCAGAACGGUUCGGGGGACUCCACUCCUCCACCGGUGCCCUUGCGCAUGAAUAUUAGAAGACAAUACUCUGAACAAUAUGAAGUCAUCAGAGAGCAAGUCCAGGUGGAUAAGGAGCUCUUUAAGCCCCGACCUCCUCCGCUGCCGGCCAGGCCGCCACUAAAACAGCUUUCACAGGAACCUGUUUACCUGGAAAUUAUGCAGGAUGAAACGUCCCCUGAUGAGAAGAUGAAACCAUGGAAAGAAAUGCUUGAAGAUCUCCAACGUAGAGGAUUCUCAGAGAUAAGGAUCAUCAAUGCUAAAGCUGAAAAGCUGUAUAAGGCCAUUCAGACGUAUAUCCAGCUGAUUUCUAAACAUGGCGUCGAUCUUAAGUCACACAUCGAAGAGCUGAACAACAUUUCUGACAACUUGAACAAGUUUGCAAAAACCACAAAGAUCGCUGGCAUCACCGGAGGAGCAUCAACAGCAGCAGGAGGAGUGGCAGCUGCUGCCGGGGUGAUCCUGGCCCCUUUCACAGCUGGAGCCUCACUGGCCCUGACCGUUGUUGGGGCCGGAGUGGCUGCAGCGAAUUUAAAUCAAGACAAGAAGAAAAUUGACAAAACGUUAAACGACUUUAGCGUCCGGUAUGAGGAGAUCCUGACCUGCCUUAAGUUCAUCAACGAAGGCAUGGACCUCCUGAAGCAGCACGGCGUGACUCUUCUCAACGAAACCAUGAUGGACUCGAAGGUGGCGGCCUGCGCGGUGCAGCUGGCCACCGGCGAGGCGAGCUCCAUGGCCUCGGAGAAGAGCAGCAACGCUUCGGGGAUGCUGAAAGGCUUCGCCAUCGGCAUGGACUUCUACUUCACCAAAGACAAGGACGGACAGAAGCUGAAGAAAGGCCUCGAGUCGAAACUCGCGCAAAAGCUCCGCAAACUUGUGGGAGACCUUGAAACUGGUCUGAACGAGCUAAUGAAAAUAAAUGAGGUGUUCCGUAAGCACGUUGAUUAA